AUGGACACUACGCUGAUCAAGAUGACAGAAAGAUUCGAAGCUCUGAAGCAGUUCAGAGAGCAGCAAACGCGAAAAGCCUCGAUACGCUACGUUGGUCAUCCGGAAUACAAAGCACCCGAGCUGCAGCAAGAAGCGGCCGCAGGCAAAGAACCAGGAGCCGGCCUUGCUCCCAUACGGACCAAGAUCAGCACUUCCCGAGCGGUGACGCCCGAUGGCACGCCAAGAGGCAACGGCGACACGGCAGGCGCAGAUGGAGACAUUUCCAACUCAAACACACCUCACGACUUCUUCUCAUCCCACUACUAUCGCGACUUACCCAUCAGACCGGGCUCGCAUGAUACACCCGAACCGCACACACCGAACAAUUUGCCCUCUCCGUACGUGUCGACUCCUGGCGACAUGAGCCCAGGCGGGAUCAGUACCAGCACCGGGGCUAUCCAAACUCCCAUCCACUCGGAACGUGACGCAGGCUUUCGACUACCCGCCAACUAUGCCGAGCUGGUCCGCAAAGCUCGGCUACAGCGUGGGCUGGAUCGAGUACAGCCUUCCGGCUGGACUCCGUUGGCCUCUCCCUGGGGCUCGAUUCGAGCAAGCCCGAGUCGUGAGAGCAUGAUGAGAUGGAACGCAGGGUUACCCUCGGAAGAAGGCUUACGCGACCUACACGAAGUGUCAAGCUUCUAUCAUAUCGAUCGUGCCAUUUACGACCAUGAGGGGAGAAAACAUCAUGCUCCUAUUGAGAGUCAGUUUGACGCGGCGCGGCCGCCUAGCAACAAGGAUCCAAGCUCAGGAUCGCUGUCGUCAUCGUCGUCGAAGCGAAAAGCGUCAUCUGAUGACCCAAUCAUGCAGUCUGCUCGAAGCAGUCGGAGUGGGAUCGUAGAGGAGCACGCUCUGCAGGACAGGACCAGCACCAACUUGGAUCCUUCAACGCCAUCGCAUACCCAGGAGGCCGACGCGAACAUGAAACCUCCCGCGUCUCCGGACAUUGUUCCAGCAAGUCAGUCCUCGAAUCCCCAACGUUCGGUCGAGGCACUUCAACUUGACGCUGCAGAGCCAGCCAAGAAACGAAACCGACCCCACCCCAUCCAGACUUUCCUGCAGACAUCGAGCAACCUCUUCAGGUUCCCCACUCCCAAGCUCAGUCCCAUUUCUCCGGGCAUGGACGGCUUCAAGCCUUCGCUCCACGUCGAGAUGGCUGCGUCGCCCGAACUCAGUCCGGGUCGUCAAACCGUGAAGAACGCGGUGCAAAGCCUCAAGGAUCGAAUGAGGCACUUGUCCACCCUCUCUUCGCCCGGCUCGACAAUCGAGGCUUUCAAGGCCCAACGUCGCGAGGACCAUCGAUCCGAUCGACUUUCCUUCGAUCCCACCGACGGUCCAGUGGUCUCUGCUCCUUGA